AUGGCCAGGAUGAAUGCAGGGCAAGGCAGGCUGGGGCCAUGGGAGCAUGGGACCAGCCCAAAGCGAGGCGAGUCGAGGCGAACCGGAGGAUCCCACGCGUGCGGUUCCAAUUGGCAAUCCGUUGCUGUUGGUGCUGCUGCUGUUGCUGUGCCUGCCGGUGACUUCAAACAAACCACCCAAUCCUUGAUUCCUUUCGUCCGAAUGACGACGACAAAGAUGGGCUCAGAUGGCGCCGAUGGCACCUUGGGGAUCCAAUGCGACCGCGCCGUCUGUGCUCAAGCUCACGCCGCACUUUGCACCAUAAUGAAUGAUGGCACAUGGAUCCUGACACCCAUCAAUCUAUCAAACGAUCAGCAACCUUGCACCUUGUCCGGUUCGCAGAAACUCGACGGGAAAUCCACGGCCAGUCCGGUUCAGUCCGAUACAGUUCUGUCUGCUCCUCUAGGUACGUACUCGCCUAACGCCGUCCACCGUCGGUCCAUCCGGCGAGCCGGCCCCGAGCUGUGGGCCCCGCGUCCUCGGUCUCCCGACAUGGCGAUUGGCCCACCACCCCGCAAAGACAACCCGAGACAGGCACACGCUCCACGUCACAUGCUAGCCCUUCAACAUCACUGUCGUCCCGUCCGCAUCGGACCGCCAAGCAUCACAGCUAGCGUCCGGCUUGAGGCUUCCGCUGCCACGACCACCGCCGCCGCUCAUUCACACAAGUGUACCUCCUACGUUCCUGGGCAAGCCACGUCUAGCCUACCUACAUCCGGUCUACACAGUCUUAUCAGCUCAGCUCAGCUCCACGCUUUCACAUGGCCAAGCCUAAAAGCAAACAACGUGGCCUGA